AUCACAAAAGAAGCUAGGCUGAAGCUAUGGAUAACCGUCUUAUGUACUUUUUCAGUGGAUCCGGAUGACUUAUUAAACACAACCAGAACUGAUCAUAAGGGAAACUUCCGAAUAUUUGGGCAGGAGAAUGAAGUGAAUAACAUUGAGCCAUAUCUGAUGUUUAUACACAGCUGCGACAACGGCAUCGUUAAUCCAAAGUGUACGAUAAAGGAUCGAUAUGACAUCCCACUGGAAUAUGUUAACGGCUUUUACAGUAUGGGCAUUGUAAGCUUGAAUAUUGUCAAGCAUCGACAGAAGAAUUGUGUUUGA